AUCAUUGAAUAGCGAGCUCCGAACGUAAACAGACCAUUAAACGAAAAUGGCCUCCGCGCAUAAACCCAUAUCGACAAUACUGAAUGUCCUCCAAACGAUACUAAGCGUAAUCUUAGCAGGUAUAUCAAUAUGGUUUUUCAUCGAGCUAAAGAGUUUAACAGACCUGAGAAACCGCGAUAGAUAUUUAUUGGACUUCAGCGUAUACUGGCCUCAAGUACUACCGUGGAUAUUCUUCGUGAUCAGUGUGUUCGUGAUAUGUGUGUCCUUGUGCGGUAUCUACGGUGCUUGUAGUGGUAGAAAAGCUGCUGUCAUCACUUAUAUAACUUUCCUGUCAAUUGUGAUAGUUGCCGCGUUCGCUGCUGGUGUCAUGGGCUUGGUUUGUGGCGACACUAAGUCGACGGACGAUUUCGUUUCGGAGACAGUGAGAGAUGCUUAUUCACAAAUGAAAGUGAGGAAGGACAUCAUAGUAGCCUUCGGAAAACUAGAGAGCAGAUUGAGAUGCUGUGGUACGUCAGGAGCAUCGGAUUAUACAUCGGGCAAAAUUCCAGACUCGUGCUGCGAUAAGAACGAAUUGGUCGAGUGCGAAAACUCAGCUAGCAGGCGUCUCGGCUGCGUAGAAGUAGUAGUGCCAUACUCAAGAAUGUUCAUCAGGUAUACGUCAAUUGGUUCCAUAGCGAUCGCUGUUGUUUGCCUUGCUAGUUUAAUUGUAGCAAUUUUAUUACUCAGAUCGAGUAGGAGUAAAAAGGACAGAUUAAAGUCUGAAGCUGAGAAGGAACCUUUGAAAUUGCCAUUAUAAUUAGAACGUUGCUUGUCUAACUGCUGUGUACUGAAAUAUUUCAAAUUAGAAUGUUCAAAAUGCAUUGUAUAAAUUGUAAAUAUUUGAAUGUAUGUCUUGAAGCAGCUGUCUGUAAUUGAGAAUUAUGGGUUAUGAGCGUAAUGUAUUCUUGUUAGAAAUUUAGGGCAUUUAUUUCGUAAUUGUUAGUUAAUAUUUACUAAGUGUAAAUACUAAUAUUGCAAUAAUAGUUUUUACAUUAAUUUUGUGUGUUGCGAAGAUGUUACAGUGUCUCAUACCAAAAAGUAUUUUUAUGUAAUAUUAUUUUAUUAGUAUUAAUAGAAUUACAAUUCGAAUAUUCUUUUAAUUUUACACAGUUUACAAGCUUUAAUAAAAAAGUUACAUAAUUACUUAGUUACCUAAGAUUAGAUCUGAUAGGUAUUGUAAUAAUAGAAAGUUAUAAUUAAGUAAGUUAUUUAUUUAGUUAUUAACAAAAGUUCUAU